AUGUGUUUAGACAUCAAGACUAAAACCUUGGAUAUCAAAAAGACCGACUUUAAGAUCCACCCGAGUAUACUUCCCAAGAUCUAUCCAAGUACUUCUAUCGUCUUUAAAAGCUCUGACCCAUCUAUUGUUACUGUAGAUGAAAACGGGGUACUCACUCCUCAACGCGUUGGGAAAACUGAAAUUAUUAUGACAGUCGACUCGAAGCCAAUUUAUGAAGCUUUUCAAGUUGAAAUUUUUGCUACAACAGGAAUAGAAAUUUAUAGUGAAACGACUCAUGUCAAAAUUGGAGAGUCACUACGACUCACUGCAAAGUCGAUUCCCCAAAAAGAAGUUAUCAGCAACACAGCAGUUAACUGGUCAUCACUAUCAAAUAAUAUUUUAUCGAUUUCGUCGUCAGGUGUUAUCACUGCUCUUGCUGAGGGAACUGCUUUAAUCAAGUGUGUUUAUGUUGAGUCUGGGAACACAUUUGAAGCUACCAAAGAGUUCACUGUGUAUACCGAAGUCGUCACAACAAGUGUAGUUCUUGAGGUUGAAGGUCUUAAUACCUCACAACUCGUCAAAGGAACUUCUGCUACCGCGAAAGUGUAUCUAGAACCAUAUCAUCGUCCAUUGACUUUGGGAGUCUCAAGCGUCACAUUGACUUCUUCAAACGACGACAUUUUAAAAAUUUCACAAGACGGGACUUUGACUGGAGUAAGUGAGGGAGAUGCACAAAUUACAGUGACUUACACUGAAAAUGGAAAUAGUUUUAAAGCAACUAAAACGCUGACCGUUAUAUCUGCCCCUGUUGUUCUAACAAGCAUUGCUAUAGAAACGGACUCAA